ACUGCAGUAUGCACCACCUCAGCCCAUCAGUGUAAACAAACACGGGUACUGAGUUACCGGUGCUGUACGGUGAGGGAAAGACUAACCACAUCUCUCAAAGGAGGGUGGUCAGAUCUGGUGACAUUACGCAGGGAAGCAGUGGCAGGAUUGCAGGUCCCUCAGCUACGUGAAACAGUUCCUUUCUACUAAAUAUUCGAAAGGACAGACAAAGUCAGUUCUCGGGUGUGAAGGGCAUUGUGACAUGUGGGCAGCCAAACACUCGUUCUCUUUGCUAGGGGGGACAAAGCCUGUAUCCCUUCAGGUGACAAGAUCUAAAUGGUGGAAGAAAAUUAUUCAUAAUGUCUAUCCGACACUUCAGGAAAGGUUUGAAGAGCUGGACCAUAAGCAAAAGGACCCAGAACUUUAUGCACCUGUCAACAUUGGACUACCAAAGAGACGGCCACCACGUCGUGAACUGCUGGAGAGCCGUCUACAGCACUUAAAAGAACUCAGAAAAAAUAAAACUUUGGAGAAAGAAGCAUGGAAGGGCAACUUAAAACUUGACCUUGAUCAAGUUCAAGCUGAUUGGGAGACUGGGACUGGCCCUCACCAGCUCCGUGUUUUAGCUCAACACUAUGGCAUCUUUGACCAUCUGUUUGGCAACGCUUAUUUUGUCCCACGGAUUUUCCUCAACAUCUCCUAUGACUAUGAUGAGGAUACUGUGUCACCAGUGUACAGAGGAAACACCAUUAAGCCAAAAGAGGCUGCCAGCACACCUGACAUUCAGUUCCACAGUGAUCCAGACUCCUUGUGGACUUUAAUCCUCACUAACCCUGAUGGUAAUCUCCUGGACAAUGACCAUGAGUGUCUGCACUGGUUUGUAGGCAACAUUGUAGGAGGUGACACAAGCUCUGGUGAGGUGGUGUGUGAUUACUUGCAGCCCUUCCCACCUCGGGGCACUGGCUACCAUCGCAUGGUGUUUGUGCUCUACAAGCAGCAUCAGCGCAUAGAUUUCUCCAAGUACAGAAGAGAGCAGCCAUGUCUGUCCCUGAAGGACAGAAGUUUCUCAACACUGGAUAUGUACCAGGAACAGCAGGACUUCAUGACCCCAGCAGGCAUUGCAUGGUACCAAGCUGACUGGGAUCCAUCGCUCACUGAUUUCUUCCACAACACACUGAAGAUGCGAGAACCAGUGUACGAGUACGACUUUCCCAAACCCUACCUUGCAGAACAGAAAUACUUCCCACUCAAGAGGCAGUUCAACACGUACAUGGAUUUGCACAGAGAUCCAAAGCAAAUUAAUAAAGAGAUUCUAUUGGAGCGUCUAAAGAAGUUACAUCCGUUUGGUCCCGAGCAACCCCAUCUACCCUUUCCAGCUGCUCAGCCCAUCCAUCAUGACCUCUCCUCCUGGGAGCGCCGUGAUCUCAAACGUAAACGCAUUGGGGAGGGAAAAUAUUAUGAGCUUUUUAGAGGUUCAAAUAGACCUGUGUAGCAGGUGAUGCAGGUGAUUUUUAUGGUAGUGGUAACAUGCUUCACUCAAAUGUGUAACUAUACUGUAAAAUUGUACAGGUCUGCUUUGUUUGCUGAUUAAAUAAGAUAAUAAGUGC